UAAAAUAAACAACCUAAACAAAAACUAAAAUUCAUGGAAUGUGACAGAUGAUGACCUGAAUGCAGUCAGAGAGAACUAAAAUGACAAACUGUUUUAAAGUUGCACUUUCAGACAUAAAAAAGGCGCAUGAAAAAAUAUCCCCAUAUAUUCACUUCACGCCAUUUUUCACAAGUUCGACACUUGACAAUGUGGUUGGAAGGAAAGUGUUUUUCAAAGCAGAAAACUUGCAGAAGACGGGAUCUUUCAAAGCAAGAGGAGCAUUAAAUGCUGUGUUAUCCUUAAAAGCUGGAAAUCCAGAUGUGAAUGGAGUCGUCACCCAUAGCAGUGGAAAUCAUGGGCAGGCAUUGGCAUGGGCUGCAAAGGUGGCUGGAGUGAAAUGCAGUGUGGUUGUACCGAACAAUUCACCAAAGAUCAAGUCUGAAGCAAUCAAAGGUUAUGGUGCUGAAUUAGUGUUCUGUGAACCCACACCAGCUGACAGACAAUCCACUUGUGACAGGGUUUCCAAAGAGAACAAUUUUACCAUAGUUCCUCCAUAUGACCACUAUGAUGUCAUAGCUGGACAG